AUGGAACAAUCAGUAAGUGUAAUAGCUUUGUUGAUGGUGGUGUUAGCAGCUCCCCCUGUGCGUGGUGUGAAGACAUUUGACACAGGCGUCGGUACAGUGUACAAGCUAAGCGUAACUCAAGAUGUCUGGCUAGAGAGUGGAAACCGAAACUACAACAAUUACGAAUAUCUCAUAGUGUCCAAAAUCCCGGAGUAUCCUAACAAGCGCUCGCUGGUCCAGUUUGAAGAUCUUCCCAGUUCAUGUCCGUCCAAAAAUGUAGCUUCAGCCAAAAUGUACCUGUACUAUAUAUAUUCCCACAAACCAAGUUUCAUGUCAGCAAAAAGGGUCCCUUUCAUUCCGCGUUAUUUGCAAGUGCACCUGGUUAAAAAACCAUGGGACGAAUCUCAAGCAACCAGUACCAUGCGCCUACGUGGCAUCCCGUGGUCUUCCCCAUGGUUAGCCCUCGACGGCACCGACGCUGAGGCAACUCCCCAGCAAGGAACUGUCACUAUGUUUCCCUACCGACCCUCAGGAUUCGUAGAAUUUGACGUCACGGAUGCAGUGACAGACUGGAGUAGGGGAGUACCUAAUAACGGUUUGCUGAUACGCGCAACGAACGAGUUGGUUCUUGGCAGGAGUAAUCGCUUCGCCAGCAACGGCAAUUCUGAUUCUUCAAAGCAUGCGUUUGUUAUAGUGCACUGCAGU